AUGGCCACGGUCGUCACCGACUACGACUACUCAUCGCGUUCCCCUUCUCCAUCCCCAUUUGCAAAGAGGGGGCUCGCCCACGAGUCAGAUUAUCUGUCUGCUCGACGAGACUCGCUGCCCCAUCCUGGAGUAGCACAGACAUCACAACAAGCCUACGAUCCAUUCCAAAGGCGCCAUUCCAUAGCCACAGCUGAGGUCCCACCCAACAAUCGUCUUGGGUCAAGCUCAAAAUAUCGAGCAUUCCGAUUUCCUGCUACGAUUCCAGAAACACCAAACCAUGGCCCGUACUCAGCACCUUCAAGUCCACCCAAUUCUGGCAAUAUCCCUUCGUCAUUUGAUCAUUCACAGUCGUCUUCAUCGACAGCAGCAACAGCUUCUUCUUUGAGUGACGCUCAACAACAACAAAGAUACCCUCGCCACGGCAGCCGAUAUGCUUCGUCGUCAGGCAACGAUCACCAUUAUCAAUAUCUUCAGCGGUCUUCUGCUGGGCAUCCUUAUGCAACAACCACAACAACAAAUGGUAGCAGUAGUAACAGCAAUAGUAACAGUACCACUGGCGGAGGAGGAGGCGGGCCCUUGCUUCAUCACCGACGCCGGUCAAUUCUUAUGGAUGAAGGAGCCGAAUCAGGGCCAGUACUAGCCAGACGUGCUUCUAUGCCUGUGGUGGGGAUGCAGGGCAGCCAUCACCAUCACGUUCAACAUAACCACCCGGGCAGCAGUAUGCAUCGACAUCAUGACGCGAUGCAACACGAAGGAGGAUAUCACAACAGCUAUGCAAGCAGCGGGGCAGCAGCACCAGCAGCAGGACAGCACCACCACGCUCAUCCUCCCCAUCACCAUCAUCAUGGCGCCAUUGAAGAUGACAAGUCAGCCAUGGCUCAUAAAGGCGAGACACCUUACUCGCGCAGUCCUGAGCUCCGUGUAAGCCAUAAAUUGGCAGAACGUAAACGGCGAAAGGAAAUGAAGGAGUUAUUCGAUGAGUUGCGUGACUCACUCCCGGUGGAGAAGAAUCUCAAGACAAGUAAAUGGGAGAUAUUGAGCAAGGCUGUUGAAUAUAUCUCUUUGCUCAAACGUCGCGACUAUGAGAUGGAAAAUGAAGUUAAUGCAUUACGGCGGGAAGUUGGCAUGUUGAAGCGAGAUCGAGAAGGAAAUGCCGGCUACGGUCCACCACCACCUUACUAA